ACGGAUAUACCGGGCCAUGGACGGCUCACAUCCCUCGCAUGAGGCUCCUAGUAUCGGACAGCCUACCCCAGAGGUCGUAUCUGCUGUCUCUGUCAUGAACUCCCAGUACCUCUUGUUUGGAUCGCUCUCUCUAGCUGUCCUAAUUCUCUCCCUACUUUUUCUGGCGCGGAAGAAGGCACAGUCAAGAGGGAAUUCCUUGCUCCUAGUGGGUGCUUCGGAUGGAGGCAAGACUGCAAUCCUGUCCACUCUGCUGUACAAGCAGACGUUACCAACACAUACCUCUAUGCAGACAAACAUGGCUAACAUCUCCUUGCCCCCCUCAAACAAAGCCCUCAGAAUUAUCGACGUUCCGGGGCACCCGCGCAUACGCGACCAAUUCCGGGAGUACAUGUCAGAUGCGAAGGCUGUCGCGUUCGUGGUGGAUGCUAGCACCAUCUCUAGGAACGGGGCUGCGGUAGCCGACCAUCUUCAUCAAGUCCUCCACACCCUCACAUCCCUUCCGCCAUCACAAGUACCCCCAGCCUUCACCAUCGUCGCGCACAAGUGCGAUCUGCUGAAAGCGUCGACGAAUGCUACGUCAGAACAACUUGCCAUCAAUCGCGUCCGCACCAUCCUUGAGCGCGAGCUCGACAAGCGGAAAGCGUCGCAUGCAGGCGGCGUAGGCAUGGAGAGUCUUGGGGCUGAAGGGGAAGAGGGCGCUGAGCUUGGUGGGCUCGAGUGCUCUGGCAAUGAGUUCAAGUUUGCGGAGUGGGAGGGCGGAGAGGUGGCCUUUAUUGGCACAUCUGUGGCCGUAGGAAAGGCCGCAGUUGUAGAUGGAGAGAAAAGGGACGGCCUCUCGGACUUCCGCGACUGGUUGGUCGAGCUGCCUUAAAUCCCUGAUCUACUCGACUUUGCAUGUCCUGCUUCCCUUGUACUACUUACCAGAUUCUAUCGUAUGUUAUUCAC